AUAAUAAUAAUAAUAAAUCUAGUAUUAUACAAAUUUAAUAAUAAUGCGUUGUGAUUUAAUUAUUAUUAUUUUUUAUUUACAAACCAAAUAGUGUGACUAUAAGUUCGCCUCAAAUGCCUCUCGUUUAAUUGGGACGACCUCUUAUUCGAGAUAUUUUCACUUCUCCCGAGGCGUCCCGAUAAGCAGCGCCGACUUGCACUACCAUGCAUUGCACAGUAUACGGGUUUAUACGUAUACGAGAUUGCAUUUGUUAGCAUUGUCUCAAAAAAGGUGCGUGAACCUAAAACACACUCCUAUUUACGCCACCAUAGAAAUGCAUAUCCUCGCUCUUCCACAGUAUAAUCUCUUCCAAGUACUCAAGGUUUUGGGGCGGGGCAAUUCUCUUGCAACAAAAUACUGUACAACAACAGUACAGCGCCUAUGUUGUGUGUUACAGCAGUGUGUGGCUUUUUAAACGGCAUCAUUUUUUUGUCACCAGAUUUAGGGGGAAAAAAAAGCUGUUUAUCGAUGUUAAUUCUCAGUCUAAGGAGCGCACACCGAAGGAGACUUGCCAUUGGUGGUCUGAUCUUGUUGGCAGUAAUAUUAUACAGAAGGUUUAACUGGCAUGACAUGGAACCCGGCACCCUGAGGAGCAGGAUGGUGGGGCUGCAGGCUGACUCCCCCGAGUUUCAGCUGGGAGGAGAAGUGUUCAGAAUCCUGGGGGGAUCCAUUCACUACUUCCGGGUGCCGCGGGAAUACUGGAGGGACCGUCUGCUGAAGAUGAAGGCUUGUGGACUCAACACACUGACCACGUAUGUGCCGUGGAAUCUGCAUGAACCAGAAAGGGGAACCUUCAAUUUCAAAGGCAACCUGGAUUUAGAGGCCUAUAUUAAGCUGGCUGGUGAGCUGGGUCUGUGGGUGAUUCUUCGGCCAGGACCCUACAUUUGUGCAGAAUGGGACCUGGGUGGGCUGCCCAGCUGGCUGUACCGAGAUCCGGCCAUGCAGCUGAGGUCUACCUACAAGGGGUUUACCCAGGCUGUGGAUGCUUUCUUCAGCCAGCUUCUCCCAAGAGUCGUCCCUCUACAGUAUAAGAAAGGCGGUCCAAUCAUAGCAGUGCAAGUGGAGAAUGAAUACGGUUCCUUUGCUGUGGACACAGAGUACAUGCCCUACAUGAAAGAGGCCCUGCUGUCCAGAGGGAUAGAGGAACUACUGAUGACCUCGGACAACGUGGACGGCUUGAAGAAAGGGAACGUCGAAGGAGCCCUGGCAACCAUCAACCUGCAGAAACUGAGGGAUCUCCAUCUCAGCCACCUGGACUCCUCACAGCCCCAGAAACCCAAGAUGGUUAUGGAGUUUUGGAGCGGAUGGUUUGAUACUUGGGGUGACCUUCAUCACGUCUUCACCGCGGAAGACAUGGCGAGCGUUGUCAUGGAGAUUCUCCAGAAGGGGCUGUCUAUCAACCUCUAUAUGUUCCACGGGGGCACCAACUUCGGUUUCAUGAACGGGGCGUUGGAAAUGCAUUCCUACAAAGCUGACGUCACCAGCUAUGAUUACGACGCCCCCUUAUCAGAAUCCGGGGAUUAUACUGCAAAGUACCUCCUUCUCAGGGAGGUUUUCAGCAAGUACCACGGUGAAAGUCUUCCUGAUGUGCCUGCCUUAUUUCCAAAGAUGUCCUAUGAUGCCUCCACUGUGUAUCAGUACAUGCCCCUGUGGGAGGCUCUGCAGUUGGCUGGCGAGCCAUUCAAGUCGGAGAGCCCCGUUAACAUGGAGAACCUGCCUGUCAAUAACGGUAACGGGCAGUCGUAUGGGUACACUCUGUAUGAGACCACCAUCCCCAGCGGAGGCACGCUUCACUCCAAUGACAAGGUUCGCGACAGAGCCCUGGUGUUUGUCGAUUCAAGCUUUAUUGGGGUUUUGAAGUAUAAGCAUCUGGAGCUGGCUGUGCCGGAGGGAAAGGGUAACCGAAAGCUGAGUUUGCUUGUAGAAAACUGUGGGAGAGUGAACUAUGGAAAGACACUGAACAACCAGCGGAAAGGUCUAGUUGGUGACAUUCUCCUCAACGGAACUCCUUUAAAAAACUUUAUUAUAUACAGCUUGGAUAUGAAACCACGCUUUAUGGAGCGACUGAAAUACUCCCGCUGGAAGGAGGUCCCGGACAAGCCCGCUGUCCCAGGGUUCUUUCGAGGAAUGCUGUUCGUGGAUGGUUAUCCUGGAGACACGUUUGUAAAACUGCCGGGUUGGUCAAAAGGCGUGGUGUUCAUAAAUGGGCAGAAUCUUGGAAGAUACUGGUCCAUCGGUCCACAGCAAACCCUCUAUCUGCCAGCGCCCUGGCUUCACACUGGCAUCAAUGAGGUUAUUGUCUUUGAAGAACAAGAAGCAGAGAAAACGAUUCAUUUUGUAAACGCUCCUGAUCUGGGCAUGGCCGUCGAUGUGGAGUGAAGAGGAGUCGUUUCAAUUCCACGUCGGGUCUUUGUUGUACUUUACUGAUUGGAAACACCGGCCUACGCUCACGCGAAGCGAUUUUAGAAAUGCCUAAAAUGAGAGAGAACAUUAAUGAGGUAUCUGACCCUGUGAAGACAGACCCUUAAACUGCUAUUCAUUUAUAAAAAUCACCCUGACUUUGUAUGUCACUGUAAAGUGGCAGGAACCAUAAAUGGGGAGCAUGAAGGCCUUUUAUAAGAAAUGCACGAACUCCUCCCGCACCCUAACAUUACAGAAGGACGGCACUAGGAGAACUAAUUGAACAGUUUGUGUACUCUAAUGAAAAGGACAAAAGAAUGGACUGAGAUCGACCGCGAUGGCCAUUUUGCAUCACCCCAUAUUAUUAACAUAAAGUCGAAAUGAAACCUGCUGAAUAAUGUUACCUUAACAUAUUGAAAUACAUGCUGCUUUGUAGUUUUCCAUAUACUUAACGAAAAACUGACAGCAGUUGAAAAAUGACAUUUCGAAAUCUAACAUGAAAUACUGUACUACUAUUAUGGCUUCCGGUAGACUCUUGCGAUAUCAUUUUGUAGUUUCUUUGAUUACACAAUGCUAAAUCAAAGAUCUAAAUUAUGUUCAUGUAGUUUAUUUUAAUUUUUUUAUUAUGUCCCAAUCCUAAAAUUUUCGGCAAAGCAAAACUUUUGGCCAGAGCUGUAGAGCCUGCAGUGUUGAAAAAGUUAAAAACUAGAGUUAACCCUGCAAGCAUUUUAAUAAAUGGAGCUUUUGAGUUAGCUGUACAAGUACUAAACCACUUGUAUAAUAGUGAUGACCAAACGAGCUCACGUUUGUUGGAGUCCAAUUAAAGAAUGAAUUGAGAUUCAAAUCUGUUUAAAAUAAUUUCAACAUAUGUUAUUUAUUUGAAGAAAAAAAAAUUAUAGGAGUUAAAAUGGAGGAAAAAAACAUGAAAAUGUGUUCUUUAUUUAUCUUUGUGCUACCAUUAAAAAUCUUUUUUUUUUAAAAUCUAAUGUCUUUCUUUAUUUUUUUACUUCUAAUCCUAAAACCUACAAGAAACUAAGCGAAGCAGACAAAUGCCCGCGGUUUUGCCCAUCUGUUAUUUGAUAUUAAUUCAUGAAAUGAUUACAUUCUGACCUGUGUGUUACUGCCAAGCUACUCCGGGCCUUUGACGUUAACAAAAGUUCUUGUUUCUAUGAAUUUCCAUACACAAUUACCCUUAGUACAGAAACGUUUUGCUGUGCCAUUGAGAAUCGCGUGUCCAGUUGUUAUAGAAAGUGCUGAGUGUGUUUAUCACAUUUUUGUGGCUGUCAGAAUUUGGUUCUGCAGUUUUAAGCUUGCUUUAAAAUGAGUUCAGAAGACAACUCGGUUUGUAACAACAAAGAGAUUUUUUUUUUAAUUUCGGUAUUUCAAUUCUUUACUAAAAUGGAGCCAUGAAGGAGAAUCUUUUGUGUAAUAGCAUGCAGAAAGUGCUGUUUCCAUUGAGACAGAGGUGACAGUUCAACUGCAGAGGAGCAAACGUGUGCAGGACUCCGGGAUACACAAAAAUAUAUAUAGAAUCGGAUGCAAUGUAAUGAAAUUGAACCACUGCUUUCAGUUCUUUUGAUUGUAAAAUAAACUCAUCAUCGGAAUGCUGGUACAAUAGCACCCUCUGUUGUUUCAGUUCCAGAACUGCAUGUAAAGUAUACAGGAAAAGAGGGGAGAUCAACUUAAGUCACUUACGUAUUAAGUGGGGGGGGGGGGGGG